UUCCCGUGAUCACAUCAGACUCCUCCUCUGCCUACAAAGGAGUCUGCAGCUUUCAAUUCAACGAUCCAAGCUUCUGAGCUUAUGAGAACAGCAUGUGCUCCAGCUCGAGAUGGGCCCUUAGUGCAGAGCGUGGGGAGGCAGCGGGUGGAAGGACUGGGAACACAUGGCUCAGAACCCACUUCAGACACUGCGGUGCCAUCGCUGUUAAAGGGGCUGAGAAUCCCCUCCCAUGUGGGCUGCAGGAAGGUUUGGUGUCACAGUGCUUUCAUCUUUCUUCCCUCCCUCCCUCUGUAUAGAAAUGGCAUCAGACGUCUCCUCGCUGGGGGCAGCCGUCGGCUCAGGGAACCCUGGGGCUGGAGCUCAAACUGGAGGAUCCAUCGUGCAGAGAGCAGCCAAGAGGAGGCCAGGGCUUGAUUUUGAUGAUGAUGGCGAAGGGAACAGUAAAUUCCUCAGGUGUGAUGACGACUCGAUGCCAAACGAUAAGGAGCGCUUUGCCAGGUCUGAUGAUGAGCAGAGUUCAGCGGAUAAGGAGAGACUUGCCAGACAGGAGCUCAAGCACCUGAUCCUGGAGGCAGCUGAUGGAUUCCUGUUCAUCGUGUCCUGCGAGACGGGCAGGGUGGUUUAUGUGUCGGACUCGGUGACUCCCGUGCUCAACCAGCCGCAGUCCGAAUGGUUUGGCAGCACGCUGUACGACCAGGUGCACCCCGACGAUGUGGGCAAGCUGAGGGAGCAGCUCUCCACGUCAGAGAACGCACUGACAGAAGGAACCAAACCCUGGUGCCUUUCUAACAAGGAUCCUGCAGCCCCCCCUGAGAGUGCAUCUAAAGGUCGCAUCCUGGAUUUGAAGACGGGAACUGUCAAGAAGGAAGGGCAGCAGUCCAUGAGGAUGUGCAUGGGCUCACGGAGAUCCUUCAUCUGCCGCAUGAGGUGUGGGAACAGCUCCGUGGAUGCAGUGUCUGUGAAUCGUCUCAGCUUCAUGAGGAAUCGCUGCAGGAACGGCUUAGGUGCCACGAAGGAUGGGGAGCCCCACUACGUGGUGGUGCACUGCACAGGUUACAUCAAGGCCUGGCCCCCUGCAGGUGUUUCACUGCCUGAUGAUGACCCAGAUGCUGGCCAGGGCAGCAAGUUUUGCCUGGUGGCUAUUGGCAGGCUGCAGGUCACCAGCUCACCCAACUGCACAGACAUGAGCAACGUUUGUCAGCCAACAGAGUUCAUCUCCCGACACAACACUGAAGGCAUUUUCACCUUCAUAGACCACCGCUGUGUGGCUACUGUUGGCUACCAGCCGCAGGAACUUCUGGGGAAGGACAUUGUGGAUUUCUGCCACCCUGAGGACCAGCAGCUUUUGAGGGACAGCUUCCAGCAGGUGGUGAAGUUAAAAGGCCAGGUUCUGUCAGUCAUGUUCCGAUUCCGAUCCAAAAACCGGGAAUGGCUCUGGAUCAGAACCAGCAGCUUCACCUUUCAGAACCCCUACUCGGAUGAAAUUGAGUACAUCAUCUGUACCAACACCAACGUCAAGAACUCGAGCCAGGAAUCUCGGCCUGCCCUAUCAAACCCAAUGCAGAGGCCCCAGCUGGGGCAGAGUGUCAGCCUUCCCCUGGAGAUGGGCACAGCUCAGCUGCCCUCAAGGCAGCAGCAGCAGCAGCCACAACAGACAGAGCUGGAAGUGGUGCCAGGAAGAGAGAGUCUGUCUGGGUACGACCAGGUUCCUGUGCAGCCCGUGUCUGCUGCUGGCCCGGAGCACAGCAAACCACUGGAGAAGGCAGAGAGCCUGUUUAACCAGGAGAGGGACCCGAGGUUUGGGGAGAUCUACAGCAGCAUCAAUGCAGACCAGAACAAAGCCAUUCCUGCCAGCUCCGUGCCUGCCAACCCCGCGCUCUUUGCACAGGGAAACACCUUCACACCAUCACGACCCUCUGAGAACUUCAGGAGCAGCAGCAUGGUGCCUCCAGUCAACAUCAUCCAGCAGCAGCCGGCGGCAGCAGCAGGUCGGAUCCUGGCUCAGAUCUCACGACACACCAGCCCUGCUCAGGUCAGCGGGAGCAGUUGGGCUGCCGGGACCCGACCGGCGUUCACAGCCCAGCAGGUGGCCUCCCAAGCAGUGAAGACUCGGCCGCCUUCGUUCAGCAUGGGGACGUUCCAGGGCACCCCGUCCUCCUUCAGCCCCAUGGCAGCUCCGGGCUCCGCAGCCCCCCCCAGCAGCUCUGCCUACACAAACAUCUCUGGCCGCAGCUCAGGAUUCACCGCGGAUGCAGCGCAGCCCCCCGCCCCAUUCCAGCCCCGCGCAGCAGCUGAAGGAGUGGGGAUGUGGCCGCAGUGGCAAGGCCAGCAUCACAGCACCGCAGCCGGGGAGCAGCACGUGCAGCAGCCCAGCCAACCCGAGCCCUUCUCAGACAUGCUGACCAUGCUGGGAGACCAAGGCCCCAACUACAACAACGAGGAGUUCCCCGAGCUGAACAUCUUCCCUUCUUUCUCAGAGUAAAACUCGUUGCUCUGGGGCUGAGCAGCUCCUGCCUGUAACUAAACCCCCCCAGCUGAAGGAUGAACACAGAAGGGAGGGGGGCGGCCCCUCGGUGCUGUGCUGGACUCUGAACUCUCCUUUCCCCCCCUGGAGGCUCAGCACUGUUUGGGGGGGGGACCCUCAGCACCACGACGCUGUGCCCCCCAUUGCUGCAGGGUCUGGGACUGAAGGGCUGCUGCCCACCCCCCCCUUCCUCUCUUUGUGUCCCCCCCCGACUCACGAGGUGGCUUUUCCUGUUUGUAUUUCCAUCUUCUGACUCUUUUCUAUAAAAACACAAAGGAGCUUUU